UACAUUGUUGUGAACAAUCAUGUAAAAACGUAAUGACUAUUAACAAUUGUUUAUCCGUAUGACUAGGGGUGGUUAGGCUAUUGUCAAAUAAUAGUCGGAAUGAGUACGCAUAUUAUAAGCAACAGUUGGGUUACUUUUUCGAUUAGGAAUGAAAAUGUGUAUUUAAAACCCUUUCGGUUUCGUUUGCAUUAGGACAUAUAUUUCCUUGACGCGUCAGAACGAAGUCAAGUUGUAUUUUCGCUUUCAAAUUGUAUUAUUAAGAUACAGUCUACAUUCUUAUAUUUUAUUUAAUCAUUAUGGCACUUUUCGACGUAAGUGGUUAUAAGUCCCACGCGGGACUUCGUGGGCAGAUUCUUGGAACAGGAGUAGGGCAUCUUAUUGACCGACCGAAUCAGGAAUUUGCUGUCCCAGUUGGAGUGGAUCCUUCAGGGUUCCUGAAGUCAUGCAGCCGUGAAGGUGGUGUGUCCAUUGAUCUGAACCACGGAACAACUACACUGGCUUUCAAAUUUCGCCAUGGCGUCAUUGUGGCUGUGGACUCCAGGGCCUCAGCUGGCAGCUACAUUGCCUCGAAGGAGGCUAACAAGGUGAUAGAGAUCAACCCUUACCUGCUGGGGACCAUGUCUGGCAGUGCUGCUGACUGCCAGUACUGGGAGAGACUGCUGGCUAAGGAGUGCAGGCUGUACAAACUGAGGAACAAGCAGAGGAUCUCAGUGUCUGCAGCCUCUAAGCUGCUGUGUAACAUGAUGCUGGGAUACAGAGGCAUGGGCCUCUCCAUGGGCAGCAUGAUCGUUGGCUGGGACAACAAGGGCCCUGGUUUGUACUACGUGGACGAUAACGCCACACGUCUCUCUGGUCGUAUGUUCUCUACUGGUUGUGGUAGCAGCUAUGCGUACGGAGUGAUGGACAGCGGCUACCGUGAGGACAUGACGGUAGAGGAGGCGUACGAGUUGGGCCGCCGUGGCAUCACCCACGCCACGCACAGGGACGCAUACUCUGGAGGAGUGGUCAACCUGUACCACAUGCAGGAGGACGGCUGGAUAAAGGUGUGUAAGGAGGAUGUGUCAGAGCUGAUCCACCGCUACAGGAAGGGCAUGUUCUGAUCAUAGAUCAGUUUCUACACCCACACAGACACACUGUGUUCUCUAUCAACUGAUCCCAGCACUGCUCCAAAUAAAGACCGUUUUCAAACUGCA